GAGAAGUAUAAGGAAAUUCAUUCCAAAUCAAGAACCUUCAAAGUCAAGCCCAUGAAGAAUUCAAUCAGUUCCCAUCAAAGUGCUCAUUACAGCCCAUUUGAAAGGCUAAAAAAGGAGGAAGCUUUUGAAAAAGUUUCCCACCAUAGCACAGAACAUUUUGAAGCUCAGUCCUUUUAGUAAAAGCAAAAGUUUGCCACCAUAUCCUUUCUUUUUGGACCAUAUGUGAUUCCUAAUUAUACCUUCUUUUGUUUUAGUUUCUUACUCACUUUUCUUUGAUGAGCAGCUGGGAACUGCAUAAUUCAGGAGUCAAGGACUCAGCUUAUUGACCAUCCCAAGGCUUGUAAAUGGAUUCAAAAGCACCUUCAACACUGAGUGCUGCAUAUUAUGAACACGAAGACAAGUAUCACGACGAGCUUCACCGUUCGAUAUCCCAAAGGAAUCUACUUAGGAGUGAAGAUUCAAAGAUUGGCUCAGCAAAUGUUCCCUCUCCAUCUGCUAAGUUUCAGAACAUGGUAGAGAGAAUGGAUGGGAGUUCAUGGUCUGUUCCCUCUUCUAGAGGGAUUCUUGAACAGAAAAUCAAGCUGAGAUCUUCCAUAACAUUUUGUAAAGAAUGGAUCAAAGACCCUUUGAAUAUUGCGUUGCUUUUGUGGAUGAUAUGUGUAGCGAUUUCAGGAGCGGUCCUCUUUCUUGUAAUGACUGGAAUGUUAAACAAUCUCCUGCCAAAUAAAUCAAGGAGAGAUGUUUGGUUUGAGGUUAAUAACCAAUUCCUGACUGCUCUCUUCACUCUCAUGUGUUUGUAUCACCAUCCUAAGCGGAUUCACCAUGUGAUAGUUCUGUGUAGGUGGAAACCGGGUGACAUCCUUAUGCUGCGAAAAGUUUACUGCAAAAAUGGAACUUACAAGCCAAAUGAAUGGAAACACAUGAUGGUGUUACUUCUAUUGCUUCACAUAAAUUGCUUUGCACAAUAUGCUUUAUCUAGCCUUAAUUUGAGAUACAAGAAACCUGAAAGGUCAGUUUUUGGAGUUUCAAUCUGCCUUGCUGUUGCAAUCUUGGCUGCUGCAGGUGCUGGUUUAUAUUCCAUUUUCAGCCCACUUGGAAAGGACUACAGCCCCAGCGAAGAUGAGAAUCCAAAUCGAAUCAAAGAGAGCAUCUCAUUUGAAUCAAGAAUUGUUGACAAGCCUCAAUGGAGAGGGGGGCUGUUUCAUUUCCUUGAUGACAUUAAGACAGCCUGCCUUUCCCUCUUCUGCAGCUUCUGUUUAUUUGGAUGGAACAUGGAAAGGCUGGGAUUCGGGAACAUGUACGUGCACGUCACGACAUUCGUAAUCUUUUGCUUUGCCCCACUUUGUUUGUUUGGUUUGGCAGCUAAUACUGUGGAUCCUUGGUCUGUCAAAGUGGCUUUCUGUUUAAUUGGCAUUCUUCUUUCUGUAUUUGGGCUACUCUAUGGAGGAUACUGGAGGAUUCAAAUGAGGAAACGGUUCGACUUGCCGAAAAACAACUCAUUUUGGGGGAAACCAAAUGUUGCAGACUGUGCACAGUGGCUUUUUUGCUGCUGCUGCUCUCUAGCUCAGGAGGUUAGGACAGCUGAUUACUAUGAAACAAUGAAGGACAAUCUAUGCAAAAAUAGAACGAAUGACGCCGAUAAAAACGAAGUCCUUUCACCUUUACCUCGUGAAGGUAGAACCGUUCAUGGGCUUAGAUCGAACCUGGCUUCACCAAUCUGGGAUAGUGUUAAGUUAACUGAGACGAUGGCCAAAAAAGAUCUGAAUUCAAACAGGUUGUUAGAUGAAAGUGAUGAAGUAGAGCAGCUUAUGAGUCCCCCUACUCUAUCAUCAAUGCAAAGAGAUCAAAGGCCAUUGAGUCUCUGAUGAAUUUGAUUAUAUAUUAACUCUAUUCUGUUUUCUUUUGUUUUUGAAAUUGGCCAUGUUUGAACUGAACUGAUAUGUAGUUUUUAUGUGUAUUAUAAUGUAAAUACAUAGUGUAUAUAUGUUGGUUUUGUUCUUGUCUAUACAUACAAAGGAACCUUUUGUUGUUUAAA